UUUUUUUUUUCUUUUGGGGCCGUUGAGGAGAACUCCUUUGCUUGUCAACGCUACCGCCCUUUCGUACAUCUUCUUUUCCCUUCAUUCUGGUGAAAUAACAGCCUCGUACUUGCCCGUCUUCUAACCAACUCUGCAAGCCCAACUUCAAGGCUAAGCGACCCAUCAGCCAUCAUUAUUCCGUUUUCCUGAACCCUGGACUGUGCGACUCUCUUGACCCAACCCAUACGUUUCCUCCUUCAACACACGACACCUUAAAAUGACCUCAAAAGUCAGUGCAGAGGAUAUUUUCAACCUGCCCGAGGAUGAUGGCCACUCAGAUGCCUCGGACUAUGACUCGGAAGAGGAACGCGAGCUCAAGGCCUCUUCCACCAACUCCAAGAUGGCCGGCUUAAAAAAACCUGCACCCGCAAAGAAGAACGCUUUAGUAUUUGGACUUGACCAAAGCGGAGACAGCGACGAUGAUAAUGACGACGAUGACGACGACGAUAACAACGACAACAGCGGGGAUGAUGAUGAAAGAGAGGAUGGCAGUGACACAACAGCCAAAGACCCCACAGCUUCCUCGGAUCCCAGAUUUCAGAUGGAAGGUGCGGAUGAAAAUGACAGCACCGAACCUAAGCGGAUUCGCGGCGCAAAAAAGUCAAAGAAAGUGAAGCCAUUGACACCGAAGGCAUUGGAAAAGUUUCAAGCGGCUCGUGAUAAGACUGGAAUCGUAUAUCUAUCCAAAAUCCCUCCAUUCAUGAAGCCCGUCAAAUUGCGCCAUUUGCUCGGCAAAUUCGGAGAACUCGGUCGUGUGUACUUGGCACCUGAAGAUCCUAAGAUCGCAGCGCGCCGCAAAAAAUACGGAGGCAACAAGAAACAAAACUUCACGGAAGGAUGGGUCGAGUUCAUGGACAAGUCUGUAGCGAAGCAGGUGGCCAAGACUUUGAAUACGACGAUCAUUGGCGGCAACAAGAACAGCUUUUAUUACGACGACAUGUGGAAUAUCAAGUACUUGCCAAAGUUCAAAUGGGACCACCUGACAGAAAGAAUUGCAUACGAGAAUGCUUCACGAGCACAGCGACUCCAGGCUGAGAUUAGCCAGGCCAACCGCGAGAACAAAUUCAUCCUGAACAACAUUGAAAAGUCGAAGAUGAUUAAGAGCAUGGAAGAGAAGAAGGCAGCCAAGCGCAAAGCAACAGAAGGCGACAGCAGCAGCAGUAACAGCAACAGUGGAAGCGGAAAGGUCGCUGAAUCGGAGCCGAGCGAACCAAAGGUCCGACGAGUGUUCAAGCAACGGCGGUUGGGCGGCGAUGGCGAGCCGAGUAUCAAAGCAUCAUCUGCGCCUGUGGAGGGCAAGAUCAAGAGUGUUCUUGGAAAUGUCUUUGGGCGGUAGAGCCAGCCACGGCUCAUUGUUCUUUUCACGCAUCGCAUAUACAUCGGCAUUUUGGCAUAGGACGGCACUAUUGAUAAUAAAGCUGGAC